UGUAGCUAGCAGGCAGCCAGCCAUCUACAGUAUCAAAACAAAUCCCUCACCUCUACUACCAAGUUGGAGUGAGCCAGGUGGCAAGGGUGUGAGGAGAGAGAAAAGCACCUACUCCUUACUCCAGUGUGAUAUGACAUCACUGAGUGGUUACCACAGAAACCAGGGCUCCACUGCAGACGGUUGACAGCCAGUUAAGUGUUUUUCCACAGGGAUGGCUGCACAAGUGGAGGUGCAGACUGGGGAGGUGGAAAGGAUUGGUGUAGGGGGACAACUGCACCUCAGCCCUCUGUCUGACUCCAGCAACAAGAGCCUCACGGAGGGUCCCUCCAACACCCAGGCCUCCCUCACCAUCACUCCAGAGCCUAGUAAGCCUGUCCCUACACCCAAACCACGGCUCACUCCCAAACCUUUCGCUGUGGAGAAAAACCCCACCAUCCGGCCCAUACUUGCGCCUAAGCCUAAUACCAACCCCCGACCAGUGCCCACUCGCCCUACUUCUUACAAACCUGACUCACCCAGCACCCCAAAACUUCAGCAGCCGAAUGUCACCAGCAAACACAGGCCAGGGCCGACCAACCCCAGCUGUCCUGCUCCUAACUCCUACAAACCCUCUCAUAAGUUGAGCAUGGGACAAACCACAAAGCCUGUAGCCCAGCCCUUCAAACCCGCCCCUCUUCUAACCCCUGGGGACCCCAACAAACCAACUCCCUCCCAACCGGUGCGACGUCAGAAGCCAGCUGCGGCAGGCUUGCUCCACUCACGGGGCCCUAAGAAACCGCCUUCAGCAGAAUGGUCCGGAUCCACCAAACCGGAGAAGGAAAGGAACAAAACAGCAUCCAGUAUCAGAGCUGGGGCAGCCUCUAUGACCAGAGCCAAGUCUAUGGGCUUCCUCAGUCAGAUAGGGCAAGAUGAGGAGGAAAGGAAGGGGGAUGAAGGGCCCACGGUCACAGUUCAACUCCGAUCCCAGUCUAGAGCCUCCAGGCCCAGACCUGUGUCGGCCAUCUUCCUGCCCUCUAGCACUCAGGCUGAGUCGCCCACCCCAGCUGCUCGCUGGGCAGUGAGACGUCCCCUCUCAGCCGACCUCACCUCCAAGUUUGAGUCCAUUGGCCUGUCGCUGCACCACGGCCGACCUGCCAAGACCGACAGCAAGGAAAACACUCCAGGGGAACCGCUACGGAGGACAGAGAAGAAGAAGGGAGCAGAGGGGACCAAUGUUACACCACCGGCCCCAGACAGCCAGCCUUCAGCCCUCGUAGGAGGGAGAGAGAAGAAAACAGACGAAGAAGAGGAGGAGGAUGAUGAGGGAAAGGGUGGAGGCAGCAUUAAGAGACGGAUCAGUCUCUUUCUUGAUUCCUCCUCUUCUUCCUCUCCUGUGGUUCCUCUCCGUGUUGCUGCCCAAAGACCAGGGUCUAACUCUCCAGUACAGCCCAUCCAAGAGGCAGAUGUAACAUUGGAUGGUGUUAAACAGCGAACCAGGAAGCUUACUGAAUAUACUGUUACACCACCAGCCCAGACCCCUGCUGUUAAACCACAGUUCAAGUCCCACCUUCUGCCCCCUGACCUGACCAAAAGGCUUGGCUCUGAGAGGUCCACAGACCUCGGCAGUCCCUCCCCCAAUGAGGCGACAGACCGCCAUGAGAGUGACACGGAUCCUCAAAGGAGGGUGGAGGACUCCGUUUACACCUUCAGUGACCAAAAAAAGGUGGAUGACGACAUCCGAGGCAUACAAGAGCAGCCCACCCAGACCACCUCUGACCCUUCAGCAGUACUGACUGAGGCAGGGCGAUGGAUGGAGAGCUGCCCCAGCAGUGGGGCACAGACGGUGCGAGCAGCCCUGUUUGAGAAUGUGGUGGAGAGACACAGCGUGCUGGUGAUGGAGGAGGAUAGGGCACAGAGUGCCACAAAGGGCUGUCCCAAGAGAAGUGUGUCCCUCAAACUUGGGGAUGGGGAGAAAGACGGGACCCUGGUCACCGCCACCUACCGCAAGCCUGUGUCUCCCUCCAGUCCACUUCUUGUAGAGCACUUGUUUGACACUGUGCAGGCGGUGGGAGAGAGGAGAGCUGUUAGUGAGUGUGUCCCUUUGGCUCAGCUCGAGGACAAAGCCAUGACCCUCCGUUCCAGGCGUUCUGAGGGGAAUCGGUCAGCCAGGGCUGAGCCAGUGGAGGAGAGGCAUGCUCAGGUCCAAGGAGUCCUCAGUAUGGCUCAAAGGAGAGCACCAGCCUCCCAACAGGAACAGGGACCACACUACCUGAGGGUUGGAGUUCUGCAGAAGUGGAAUACCACUGAGAUGGAUAGGGAGGCAGAGGUAGAGAAAGGAAGGCAAAGGGAAAAGGAGAGGGAGAGAAAGGAGGAGGAGAAAGAGAGGCAGAGGGAAGCGGAGAGGAGGAUGCAAAUGGAUGUAGAGAGGGAGAAGCCGAGAGAACAGGAGAGGGAGAGAGAGGAAGUGGCAGCACCGAAGCGGUUGAAAAUGCUGGAGGCAGAUGAGCAGCCACCCAAGCCCAAGGCCACCUACUUUGCUCUGACUGGUCAGAUCCAGGAAGCUGUAUCCGUUGGGGACGAGGAAACCGAGAGAGGGAACGUGGAAGUUCCCUUUGACAAUUUCUCUAUGAAGUCUGGACAAUGGGGCUCUCAAGGGAAGGUCUUACAAGUACGAAGGAACCCCUCUCUAGAUGAAGCUUUUGGGAAAAGCUCCAAAGGUCAACAACAAGAAGAACUGAUGGAGCGGAAUCAAACACAGGAAAGGGAGAGAGGAACGACAUGGGACAGACAGACAUGGAGGGAGGAGCUGGGAAUAGAACAACAAGUAGACCUUGAGAAAGUAAAAGAGUUGGAGAGGGAGAAAGAAUGGCAGAGGGAGAGCAAGGAGUUUGAGAGGGAGAAACGGACACAGCUGGACAUGGAGAGACAGAAACCGUUAGAAUAUGCAAGAAAGAGAGAGAAGGAAAAGCUAAAAGAAUUAGAAAGAGAGAGACACAAUGAGUUGGAGAACGAGAGACUGAGUGAGAGACAAAGAGAGCUGGAAAGACAGCGAUGGCACGAGCUGCAGAGGGAGAGACAGAUCGAGUUGGAGAGACAGAAAGAGUUUGAAAAGGAGAGGCAGAGACAGUUAGACUUAGAGAGACAGAAAGAGUUUGAAAAGGAGAGGCAGAGACAGUUAGACUUAGAGAGACAGAAAGCGUUUGAAAAGGAGAGGCAGAGACAGUUAGACUUCGAGAGACAGAAAGCGUUUGAAAAGGAGAGGCAGAGACAGUUAGACUUCGAGAGACAGAAAGCGUUUGAAAAGGAGAGGCAGAGACAGUUAGACUUCGAGAGACAGAAAGCGUUUGAAAAGGAAAAGACAGUUAGAGGCAGAGACAGUUUGAAAAGGAGAGGCAGAGACAGUUAG